GCGGAGCGGACCAAAAGAGAGUUCAGUUUUGCAUGGCGCCACGUGUCACUCUUCCGCAAUACACACCUCUCAGCUUUAGUUUCCCUUUCCCAACAAGAACAGAGAUCCAAACCUACGACUACAGUGUUAAUUACAUUACAUAUAUCAUACUACUGGUUCAAGAAAUUUGUAUCAACAGAUUUAAUGACCACGACGAAGACUGCGGAGAGAAAGCAUCUCUCCCCCAUAGCCAACGACGUUAUCACAAGAUGUUGCCAGAAAAUGGAUACUUCGGUUGAUGCAUUGGUGAAAGAAUUCGAGGCAAUAUGGAAACCCGAGAAUGGUGACUAUUCGAGGAAGAUGGUGGAAUAUUGCAGCUCCAAGGCUCUGAAUGAGAUGUGCUCAAACAUAAAAGAACUCAUCAGUGAUGGAAAUUUCAGCCGCCUGUCAUUUGAUAUGAUGCUGGCCUGGGAGAAACCUAGUUCUGUUGCCCAGUAUCAAGAAUCACUAUCGGAAUGUGUGGCUAAGGAGGAUGAGGACGCUGUCUCUGCAAGGUUGAAUCAUCAGCAAGAUCAGAUUCCUCUCUUCUAUUCAGACAUCAUGCCACUCCUGGUUGACCGGGAACCUAGUGUUGGAGAAGAUGCUUUUCUGUGGUUGGUAACAGUAGUCCCUUUAUUAGCAGAUGUCGUUAAUGGGAGAUUUACUUUUGAGACUCUGACAGCAACAACAGUCAAUAGGCUUCACUUCCCUGCCUAUGAUAAAUUCUUGAAAGAAUCUGACAGAUGCAUAAAACAUUUACAAAAGCAAGAGAUACCAAGCGGAGUGGAACUAGUUGAUGAUGAGUUCAUUCUACAUGUAGAGGGGACUGCAAGCACUUCAAGGGUGGUGCGCCAUAUUGGAGUUACAAGUUGGCCUGGUAAGCUUACGCUGACCAAUUAUGCUUUGUACUUUGAGGCUUCCGGCGUAAUAUCAUAUGAAGAUGCUAUAAAACUUGACCUCUCGAAGGGCAUUGGACAAAGUGUGAAACGAGCUGCCACAGGACCAUGGGGUGCUCCUCUCUACGACAAGGCCAUUAUUUAUGAGUCUUCUGAGUUGCGAGAGAGUUUCGUGUUAGAGUUUCCAGAGAUGGCAAGCUCCACCAGACGAGACCACUGGCUUGCUCUUGUGAAGGAGGUCAUUUUGUUACACCAAUAUAUAUUAAAAUCCAAGGUAGAAUCUCCAGUACAAGUCUGGGAGAUGCAUGCAAGGACCAUAUUAGGAAUUAUCAGGCUCCAUGCAGCUCGAGAAAUGCUUCGAAUAUCGCCACCAAAUCCGAAGAGUUUCUUGAUAUUUACCUUAUUCGAGGAAUUACCAAAGGGAGACAUUGUGCUAGAAACACUGGUUGAGAGCUUAAAGAAUGUCAGUAGUGGACAUCCUUGCAGCGCUAGCUCAAUUCUACGGAACUUAAAUGUGACACAGGCGUGUCCUCUAUGUACAGAUACGAAAGAUAUAAUUGAGGCACCUGAAGUCCUAAGUGGUCAAGCAGAGAAUAUGUCAUCACUGGAGAGCGUUAUAGAACAAAUCAGAGACGAAGCACGUGAGGUUAACAUUGCCAAAGCUACCACUGAGACAAUUAAGGAGGAAGGGCUCUCUGAUAGUUAUGCGGUUCUUAUGGAGCUACUAAAUUCUUUGAGAAGUGCAAUCCUACCUUGGUCGCAAGAUGUUUUGACAUGGAAAAAACCUGGAAUUACUGUCAUGGUAGCUGGUGUUACUCUACUGAUUGUGUACAUGGAGUGGAUCUUCCGGGCAAUAGCAGCUUUACUAUUGUGGACCGUUAGCAAGAUGAUAUGGGCAAGACGUGCUAGAGUCGCGGACAAAUAUACAAAACUGGUGGUGUUUGUUGACUCUGAACAAACAACAGUGGGAAGCCUGGUAUCAGCACAACAUGGGAUGAAUACUAUAAAUGAAUUGAUGCAGUCGGCCAACAUUUCUAUACUGAAAAUGUGGUCCAUAUUGAUCUCAAAGGCACCUAAGCACACAAAUAUGGUGAUGACGAGCAUGACCACAUUGGCAGUUGCAUUAGCAGUAAUCCCAUUCAAGUUCAUCAUAAUGAGUUUCUUGUUGUAUAUUUUCACGACAACAUCAAAGCUGAGAAAAAACACAAAAAGUCAACCGGGAAACAGACGAUUAAAAGAGUGGUGGGACUCUAUUCCUGUCAUUCCAGUUGAAAUUGUGGAGCAGCAAGAUGGUUCAUCCAAAUCAGUCUGCUAUGAGUACUAGGUGGCAAGAAAAAGACGUAGAAUACUAUAUUGGAUUAUGUGUAAUUGAUCAUCUGUGGCUUGCCUUACGGCCAAAACAAAGUGACAAUCAUUCGUUGUACCGAAGAUUGUACAUGUGCCACCUUUGGGGAAUCUGACAAGCAUGGAAAAUCAUGGAAAACACUCUCUGAGCUUGCUCUGGUAUAAAAGACCUAUUUUCAAAGCAAGAUAUCUGAUGUAUAAUUUUUCUUCCUUUGUUUGAAGGAUUUCUGUAUCCUAAGCUCCAUAGGUGGUUUUUGGGAGUAACAGCGCUUUCUUGGUUGUAAUAAGCCGCGGGGAAUCACGUUCUCCUGCUACAACAGAUAUCUUUGAACAAUAAAACUUCGAUGUAUUCGCCCUUGAUAAGGGUAAA